UGAUACGUGCGGCAUUAUAAUGUCGUACCACAAAGCAAGAUUAUACACGUGCACCAUAGCUUGUAAAUAAUUUAAUUUUAAAUAUUUUUAAUUAUUAUUUUUAUCCAUUAUUCUAUUUCACGAGUCACUCUACUACGUUUUGGCGUUAUAUGCAAAAAUAAUAUGAGCUAUACCAUUGACACGAAUUUGGCGGCCGACCAGGUGCCCGGCGGAUUCCUUUCCGAUACUUCCGACUUCCUGUGCGCGCUGUUUGACAGGCCCAAAAAGGUGAUCAUGGGACAACUGCGAUCUGGACAGGAGUUCGACUUUUCCGGUUCCACCGAACCUUGUGUCGUGAUGAGCCUAACCAGAGGGUCACUACGACCGGGCACAGCGACGGAUGAAGGAGCUAUCGAAUGCUACGUGGCCGCCAUCAGCGAAUACCUCCAAAACUCGCUAGUAGUUCCCAAAUCCAGAAUUAUGAUUUUUUACUACGAACACGACAUGGCGCUGAUUGGCAACAACGGAAGAACUUUGAAACGUAUUUGGUCCGAAAUUGGCACGUUUCCUUCGGAUUGAAAUGCAGACGACCAUGGGCAUGGAAUACAGUUUAAUAUUAAUAAUAAUAAUAUAUAAUAUAAAAACCAAUAUAAAUUAUCAACACCAAUAUAUUGUACCGAGUUUUUCAUAUUUUAUUCGAUCUAUUUGGUACAAAAUUACAGACCUAUAGACAUAAUAAUAAUAAUAAUAAUAAUAAUCAUAAUAAUAAUAAUAAUAAUAAUAAUAAUAUUUAUGUAAAUAUAUUUUUAUAAACACAUACACAUACCGUAUGCUGUAUGUCCAUAUAAUAUAUAAAUAUAUACUCGAUGUGCAUUUAACUUUGAAUACAACACUGAUAAAUAAAAUUGUUCUUAAAUUCAAAUUAUUAAUUAAGCACCGCUCGUUAGAUCCUUUUGAAACAAACAAAGUGGUACACACUAAACAGCCGUAGUGUAUUGUUAUAUAUAAUAAUAUAUAAUCAAAACGUGUGUUAUCAACAGAUGCAAAAGAUGAUAUUGUAAUAAUAUGACAAUAACUAAGGCUCGCGAAAGAUAUUCUCCGUAGUUUAAAUAUAUAUAUAUACAUACAUAUAUUCUACAUAUAUGGCAAUAUAUGUAUAAUACGUAUCUAUCAUAUUAUUUUUACACGUAAUAUAGGAAGAGACGUAUAUUAUUUACACGUUUAGUAUUUAUUAUUAAUUAUAUAUCAUGUAUAUAUUUUUUUUUCAUAAAAAAAAGUAAAUAGGAAUUUGGACAAAAAUCGGGGACCCUGAAUUACCAAGCUUAUAUAAAAUAGACAGUCAAUAGACAAACGUGGAUUUUAGAAAAAAAGAAUAUUAAAUAAACUUAAAAAGGGUGAUGGGGGGCCUGGGCAGGGAGGGUAGUAAAAUUUGUACAAAUAUUUGGCGAAAAAUUGACUAGUCUUUUAAAUUAUAAAAUGAAUACAUACUAAUAAUUAUUAUAUUCAACAAAUGUAUACAUAAUAUAUAAAUAAUACUAUAUAAUAUACACAUUUGAAAAUACAAUGAAAGGUAACAUUACAUUUGCAAGUAUACCUAAAUAGUAAAUAAUAAAUAAAUUACUACCUAUCGGAAGAGAAAUGCAAGUGAAUUGACAAAUGGAAUCUGAAAAUAUAGUAAAUAUUUCUGAAUCUGUAAGAAUAGAAAGGAAAAUGUAUGAACCCAACUGAAAAAAG